AUGGACUUGUCCGACGCCGUGGCGGCCCCUCCUCUGGAACGAUCCGUCUCGCAGCAGAGCAACACGUCGUAUCGCUCGCACCGCAGCAUCCGCACCGGCAAGCACCAGCACCAGCACCAGCACCGCGCGCUGCUCAGUCACCUCAGCAGCUCGGCCAGUAGCAUUGCCGAGAGCGACAAGUCACUGACGAGCUUCCCCAGCUUCUCGCCCGAGCUGCCCAGCGCCGACCGCUUCGGUGACGCCAUCGAUCACGAUGUCGCCGGCUACAACCAGCUCAAGGCCGCCAUCCGCCAGCCCGACCGAACCGUGCGAGCCAAGGAGCAGAGCCAGGGCGCUUCCAUCGUCGACAGCCUGACCUGGCGCAGCUCCGCCCGCGAGGCCCUCUUUGAGGAUGCGCCGCUGUCGCAGACCGUGCCCGGCGCUCUGCACAAGGCCGACGACAAGCACAUCGAGCGCCUGAUUGCACGGCACGGCGCGGUGACGCUGGUCCGCCAGAUUGCCAGCGACCUUGCCCAGCGAGAUGCGCAGAUCUCCAGCCUGCGGCGGCGGGCAGACGAGCGCGAGCGGGCACUACGGAAGAUUAUACGCGAGUGCGGCCUGUCCAGUCUGGAGCUGGAGACGAGGUUGCGGGUGGUGGAGACGGAGCUGCGGAAGAAUGGCCACAUUUCAAGAGACGGAGGCGGGCUCAGCGAUCUGAUGAGCGAUGCCAUGGGGGGCACAUUGACGGAGAGUGCCUAUGGCGAGACGGGCGUAGCAGGCGCUACAAUAAGAGCCAGCAGCGGCUCUACUCUGCCCAGCAGCUCGGACAAGGCAUCGGGCACGGUCAAGGGAUGGAAAGACUACAUCUGGGGCGGCACAUCGCGGAGGACCAGUCUCAGGGAUGGCGCGCCCAACAGUAAUAGACCUACCGUGAUACGAUCGCAUUCCAGUCUCGCCCACCGACCAGCCCUGCAGGACGACCUCUUCGACCCUCCCACGACUCCGACGAGCAGCGGCCCUGCCAAGAACUCCAGCCGGCCGUCCAGCAUACACUCGGCCUCCACUCCCGAUCGCAAAGGAUCCGCGUCGCUUGCGAGCCUGGCGCUGAGACUCGUGGCCGGCGGCGCUGUUGCCAGUCGCGAGGCAGAUGCCAGGGGACGAGCUGCUAGCAGUGCUGCCAGAACAGAGACGACUAGAGCGGGCUCGGUGGCUAGUAACCACACCAACCGCUCCUCUCGAGCCGUGUCUGUUGCUGGUGGCCCCAAGGCGUUGAUGGCAAUGGGGAGAUCGACGCCGUCCAACUCCUCCGCCGGCGUAUCGAAAUCCCAGGCGCUAGACCCGCGAGGGAGCGGUUCUGGAAACUCGCCUGGUCCAUCGUCCCUACGUGCAGACAAGUUUGGGCCUGUGGAAAUGGACGCCAUAUUGCCCCCAGAGUCUCAACCUCCGACGCUCACACGCAUAUACAACAACUACCCCAACAGCGAAUACCUAACCGAUCGAUUCGGCUUCAUCUACGACCAGCGGCGCAAGAAACGGCAACGGGAAGCCUCGCAGAUGGCCAACCAUAUUUCAAAUGGUCACCGCAGUGAAUUGCUCGGCAACGGCCGAGCGGGCAUCUCUCCCAACAUGCUCGAUGAUGUGCAGAGUUCCAAAAUGAGCGUAUCUAGCGAUCCACGACCAGGGAGCCCAAGCAGCCAGGAGGAGAGGGCUGCCGGCGAGGAAAAGGCGAAACGCUGGCAGGACUACCUCAAGAUUGCAACCUUUCCAACCGAGCUGCUGAGCCAUACGCCUGGCAUAAGCGCGACCGCCGUGUCUGUGACCGAAGGUGUUGACGAUCGAGCCAGUUCUACAUCCAGCCAGCGCUUGGUUGAGCGCUCAGCUCGUUCGCCUGCGAUAACACCGACCGAAUCGGGACUUGUUCCCCUAGCGAGCACGACGACGGCGAUUGACCACGAGACUACUCUCACACAACCCCCGUCCGAGGAUCCAACUCUAGGGACCAUGGUCAAAGAGGACACGGAGCCGGUAAAGCUGCUUCUUCAGCAGCUGAGCGAUCUGCACGAUACUCUUCAGCGAGACAAGACUGUCCAGUGGAACGAAUUCCUGCGCAAGGUCAGGGCGGAGAGGCAGCGUGAGGGCGAGGCGGCGCUGGCUGCGGCCACGGCAGCCGCUGAAGCUCGAUUUGAGCGCCCGGGAAUCAUCCAGCCGGAGGAGCAGGUGGCUGACGGAGAAUUGAUUGGCAUCUCGAAUCUGGGCAACAAGGGCAAGGUUGGACGGGCGAAAUGGAACGGCUUCAAGACGCUGGUGCUGGGCGGCAUCCCCGUCAGCUAUCGCGCAAAGGUGUGGUCAGAGUGCUCGGGUGCAACGGCGCUGCGCAUUCCUGGCUACUACGACGGACUCGUAUCCCAGAGUGGUGAAGACGACGAUCCCACCGUGGUGAGCCAGAUCAAGAUGGAUAUUAACCGGACGCUCACCGACAACAUCUUCUUCCGAAAGGGCCCUGGCGUGCAGAAGCUGAAUGAGGUGCUGCUGGCAUACUCGCGACGGAACAAGGAUGUGGGCUAUUGUCAGGGGAUGAAUUUGAUUACGGCCAAUAUCCUUCUCAUCACGCCCUCUGCCGAAGACGCUUUCUGGAUUCUGGCAUCGAUUAUUGAGGAGAUUCUCCCUCACGGAUACUACGACCACUCGCUGAUAUCGUCGAGGGCAGACCAACAGGUGCUGAGACAAUAUGUUCGGACAGUUCUGCCCAAGCUGUCGGCGCACCUCGACUCGCUGUCAGUUGAACUCGAGGCGCUGACUUUUCAGUGGUUCCUCUCCGUCUUUACAGACUGUCUUUGUGCCGAGGCGCUUUUCCGUGUGUGGGACGUGGUGCUCUGUACCAAUGAUGGGAGCACGUUCCUCUUCCAAGUUGCUUUGGCGCUGCUGAAGCUGAAUGAGAGCAAUUUAUUGCGGUGCGAUACGCCGGCUGGGGUGUAUACUUAUAUCAACCACCAGAUGACGGAGCAUGCCAUUAGCAUUGAUGGACUGAUCCAGGCGAGCGAGGGACUAAGACGGGUUGUGAAGCGGGAGGAGGUGGAGCAGCUGAGGGCCAAGGCUAUCCAGGCUGAGAGGGAUAUGCUUGCGGGGAGGGACAUGGGAGGGGACAAUGCAGAGGUGGAUGCGACGGAGACUGUUGUCGAUGGUGAAGGUGAUGAAGACUCGAGCUGA